AUGGACUCACUACACGGGUCUAGCCAGGUGUCACCUGAGCAUUUGAAAUCGAUGAAGUCCGCAAUUCACUCAUUCCUACAGGAGACUGGUGUUUACGACUCCAUACGCGACAUUGUUGAUACGUAUGUCUCAGAGCACGGCGAUGAGCCCAUCUCCAGGGAAAACCCAAGCGCCAUCAUGCGAAUUGUGAAAGAAAAGGGAAUAUUACGGGAGCUUGUUAGCCAAAUUCAGUCUCGUCCUACUGUAGGCGCGGUACCUUCCAUUACCGUACCGAGUGACGGCCGGCACUACCUUCUUGUUCGAGUGAAUGGCGGACGUGCUUUUGUAGACAACCUUGACCUAGCCCCCUCGACUAUGAACAAGCGUUCUGUCGUCUUUGCUGCUCAUUUUGGUAACCAGCGAUUCCGCUCUGCAGUGAAGGCGUGCUCUGCCGAACCAAAGUUUGCUGAAGAGUUUCUCUUUGAAGUGGACGCCACUGGGUUUGGGUUUGGCGAGGCGGAUCUUAUUGAAGUCUCAACCCCUUUUCACAUUGCCGUCUUGCGGGAAGAUUCACAGCUUAACGUUGCUGAGCUACUGGGCGAGAACAUCAUAGAAUGGAGAAAGGUCUUAAAAAGCGGUUACCUAGGCCUCACGGUGGAACUCUGUGGCAGAAACGCCGGGGUGCCAGCAGGUAUUGUAGAUCUACAGCUCGAGUUGGUGUCGAAAAAGCGCAUUCGAUACAAGGAGGAAGAUAUUGUGUCGCGUGUCGAGCAGCAGCGUAUUGCCGUCACCAACGCUGACCGCGAGUUCCUCGUGUACUCUCGGCGGUGGUGGUCGGAGUAUCAGGGUUUACGCCCCACACACAAAGAUCGCAAGGUACGAAUAUUCGCAUCCACGUCCACCGGAAGGAUGGUGCCGCUGACCCACUUCGUUUCGCCAAUACAAGCAGAGUUCGGCCUCGACUCACCGCAGGAUGCCGCGCGUUUUGUCUCUCUGCUGCGCGUCACCACCGAGGGCACCGGUUCCAUAGGCGCGUUGAGCGUCGAAGAAAGUAGCUGGCUAUCGCCUUUCAUUUUUCUCUCGCAGAGGCAAGGUUACCACUGCAACCACGCUGCCCUUCUUUGCUCUCUCUUACUGGGGUUUGGCAUCGAUGCUUACUGCGCUCUUGGGUCUUGCCCCAACGGUGAAGUCGGGGUUUUCGUUGUCUCCAGGUCUACCGAUGCACGUGGCUCUGCCAAGGUCACGGUGUGGAACCCCACGUCAGGUGAGCGGUCUUCGCCGAGUGAGCAAGAUAGAUUUGCUACCGUUGACUGCAUGUUCAACAACAAGUCUUUUUUUGCCAAUUGCCAGGCCUCGAACAACGUCGCUACUACAUCAUUUGAGUGCUACAAUGAAGAACUCUGGAAGCCACUGAACGUGCUGAAACUGAGAAUGGUGCCAAGGUACCCUCCUGCACCACUCUUGUUUGAAACUGUCGCUGCGUCGUCGAUCGAGCGUUCACUGGAGAUUCAGCUGCGGGCGGCAAUUUCGACGUACCGCGACUCCUUCGGUGUGGUGACGACGUACGACAACACGGUUUCGUACGUGCUGUCGCAGGCGCUGCUACUGUACGAACGCCAGCAGAGUGAGGGGGGCGCCCAGAGUUUUGCCCUCUUUCAAGAAUCUGUGAAGGGCACCCUAGGGGUGGGAAAAACCUUCAAGGCUAUCCCGCUGAACGUUUCGUACCUCGACGCCGGCAGCGUUAUGGACGUUGUGCGCGCUGCUUCGGUGGGGAGGGAGAUUUUGGAUACGGUGGUGGACAGCGCCAAAUUUGGAGUGCGUGCCAAGGUAUUCUGCUUUCCAGAACGUGUCUUCUCUGUUUGGGUGAUGAUUGCGGUAAACUACAGUGCAGCCAGCAUUUCAUAG